UCAACUCAGAAACACGUUCGCGUCUGGGGAAAAAAAAGUGAUAGGGUUGGGUUUCUUUGUGGAUACUGAUCCUAGCCCCGAUUACCUGGAGAAGAGACUAUUUUAAAACUCUUAUAGAUUAGGUUAUUCAUCGCUGGGGAGAUCGAGUGGGACAUUCCACUUCGCUCUGCCCUGGGUAGUUCUUCUUCAUAGUUUUGGAAGAAAAUGAUGCAGGAAGAGUCAAGUUCCCCAGUCUCCCCAGUGGACAGUUUGAGCAACAGCGAAGAAGAGCUUGACAGGCAGCAAGGAAAGAGGGGAUGCAGAAAAAGGAGACCCAGUAGGAAAAACGCAGAGGAGCCAGACAGUCCAAACUCAGUAAAAAGAAACAAGAAGGCCAGCAGCACAGGGAGCAGCCCCCAGUCAUUUGAAGAGCUUCAGACCCAGAGAGUGAUGGCCAAUGUCAGGGAACGCCAGAGGACCCAGUCCCUCAACGAAGCCUUUGCUGCCCUGAGAAAAAUCAUCCCAACUCUUCCCUCAGAUAAACUCAGUAAAAUUCAAACUCUCAAACUGGCAUCCAGAUACAUCGAUUUCCUGUGUCAGGUUUUACAGAGCGAUGAGCUGGACUCCAAAAUGGCAAGCUGCAGUUAUGUGGCCCACGAAAGGUUAAGCUAUGCCUUCUCAGUGUGGAGGAUGGAAGGGGCAUGGUCCAUGUCUGCAUCUCACUAGCCACUCCAGUUCAGCACAGGCACAGCAAAAGCUAAACGGAUCAUUCUCUUACAGGAAGGAGGAAAUGGACAGUCUAUAAGUAAAGCUGGAUACCUAUAAAAAAAUAAACCAGAGGAUUUUUCUUGAGUUUUGGAAGAGAUUUGACCAAAACGAGACAGGGGUGGGGAGCACUUACAGAAAAGAGAGAAAUUAAGAGGGAACACAGAGGCCCCUGGACAGUGCAGGGAUAAAUGACACUUCAUUCUGAUUCAAGUCUGAACAAUCUCUAAAUGUUAAUUUUUGACGAAGAAUGUUGGAAUUUUACAUUUUUUUUAAUUAUUUUUUAUAUUUUUGCAUGCAUGCAUUCCCAACAGUCGUGCCAAAUGAAGCCACUUAAAAGGAAAAUACGUUUGUGAACUUUCCCCAUUCUUGAAAGGUCUUAUUGAUAGAAAACAUUUUAUAGGAGAAAAAAAAACUAUUUUUGUUAUUUGAAACUUGUUCAGAAAUGGUUAUAUUCUGCGCAUCUCUUUAUUCCUCCUUUAAGAAAAGUUAACAAUUUAUUUAUUUAUUGACCCAUGUUUAAAAAAAAUAAUGCAAAUAGAUCUGGUGUCUAAAUGCAUUCAUAUUUUUAUGGUUCUUUUGUAAAUAUCAUUGUAUAUUAUUUUUCUGCAAUAAAUAUGAUUUGAAGAA